AUGGAAUUGCAGGCAGCGUUGAAAGCCGAGUCUAACUUUGUUUCGGGUGGCAGCGUUCUAAAACUGGAAGUACAAAUUCUUCGGCGACUUUCAAACAAACCAUACGUUGCUCAACUAAUACACUCUGGUAAACGAGAAUCGUAUAGUUACGUGGUCAUGACGUUAUUAGGAGAGAGCUUGCGACAUAUCACAAAGCGACUUGGUAGAAUUUUCAGUGUUUCUACACAAGUGCGAAUAGGAAUAAAUGUUCUGUUCGGAUUGAAAAAACAAAUUCAUGACUUUCGCGCUGACUCUGUGUGGGUUCAUAAUUAUUAUCAUUACUGUUCAACCAUGAUUGUCCACCAAGUAUCUAUUGUAGAAUCUAACGGCCUGUUUUGA